AUGGAUGGAAACGAGUGGGUUUUUCCCGGCAGAUUUGACGAGCGGCUCACGCGGCCUGAUGAUAACCCGCUUCUCCAAAAUGCCGUGGAAAAGUUCGUUUAUUUAAGAGGCACUCUAAGUUCUGUAGAUACAGUACCGGUCCAGGAACUACAGUCUAUUCCUGAAGACGAGGAGGAAGUCCAGCCUCAGGUGUGGGGCCGCGUCAUUCCCUUGGUGCAUGGAUUGAGUGUGCUCAAUUGCACAGAAAACCAGUAUAUCUUUGGAAGGGAUCGCGCAUGCGAUUACACUUUUAACAACACCAUUGUAAGACAGUCGACACAUUUCAGGACAUACAGCAAGAAGCACUUUAAGAUUUUCAGGGAUGAGAAUCUCGUCUACGUCGAGGACCUCAGUGGUAACGGCACGUGGGUGGACGAUGAGAAAAUAGGAGACGUGAAGCAAAGACUUCUUAGCAAUAACUCUGUAAUUGCCCUUGCAGAACAAAAACAUCAAGUUUUUAUGUUCAUAGAUAAGAUGGGGGACGAUCAACCAAACCUUCCUUUAGAGUUCAGCAAAAAAUAUCACAUUGCACGAAAGAUUGGAACAGGUGUCUGUGGUGAAGUCAAGCUCGCCAUUGAAAAGGAAACCUGUAAAAAAGUUGCUCUGAAAACUAUAAACAAACACGACUUUCCAUCAAUAGGGACGGCCACACGCAAUGCUGAGCGGGAAAUUGAAAUUUUAAAGAAAAUUGAUCAUCCGUGCCUGAUCAAGACAGAAGAUUUCUACCAGACGGAAGAUUCCUACUACAUUGUUUUGGAGUAUGUUGAAGGAGGAGAGCUGUUUGGCAGGAUCAAGGCCAAGAAACAGCUGGAAGAAGAAAUCGCCAAACUCUACUUUUAUCAGAUGCUCAGGGCUGUGCAGUAUCUCCACAAUAAUGGGAUCAUUCAUCGAGAUCUCAAGCCUGAGAAUGUGCUGCUGGCCUCACAUGACGACAUCUGUUUGAUUAAGGUGGCUGUGUGUGUGUUUCUGUAUUUUCAUAGUUUGGGUGGUUAUCCUCCAUUCAACACCGAGUGCUCUACCAUGUCGGUGCGUGAGCAGAUCAUUAACGGCCACUACCGCUUCAUCCCAUCUCAGUGGAAGAAGGUUUCAAAUCAAGCCAAAGAUUUGAUCAAGAAGCUCCUGGUUGUGGAUCCUGAAAAGCGGCUGAGCGUCGAAGAAGCGCUGGCACAUUCGUGGUUGAAUGAUGAUGAGAUGAGAAACACUGCAAACCAAUUGAUGCAUCAUGAAACAUCCAAGAAACGUAAGGCACAAGAGGGAGAGGGUGAACCGCCAUCCAAGAGGAAACCUGGGCCUUGACUUUCGCAGACUUUUAUUUGUUCCCUGGUGUCCUUUUAAAAGCUUUUUCUUGUGACCAAUUCAUCCUGAACAUCUUAACACUGUACUGCUAUUGUAAAUAUGUAUUUCUGCCAUUUCCUGUGUCAAAAAUAAAAU